GGCGCAGGGGGCGCCGGCUCUGAGGAGGAGGAGGAGGAGGCGGAGGCGGCGAUGGUGGAGAAGGAGGAAGGCGGCCCUGGCGGCAUCAGCGAGGAGGAGGCGGCGCAGUAUGACCGACAGAUCCGGCUCUGGGGGCUGGAGGCCCAGAAACGGCUGCGUGCGUCCCGGGUGCUCCUGGUGGGAAUGAAAGGACUCGGAGCGGAAGUAGCCAAGAACCUCAUCCUGGCGGGAGUCAAAGCUUUGACCAUGCUGGACCACGAGCGGGUUUCCCAAGAGGACACGCGUGCUCAGUUCCUCAUUCCCGUGGGAUCCUUAGGCCGGAACCGAGCGGAAGCUUCGCUGGAGCGGGCGCAGAACCUCAAUCCCAUGGUGGAUGUCAAAGCGGAUCCGGAGAGUGUGGAGAGCAAAUCCGAGGAUUUCUUCACCCAGUUUGAUGCCGUCUGCCUGACGUGCUGUUCCCGGGAUGUGAUGGUGCGGAUUGACCAGAUUUGCCACCGGAACAGCAUCAAGUUCUUCACGGGAGAUGUUUUUGGAUACCACGGCUACAUGUUUGCCGACCUCGGGGAACACGAGUUCGUGGAGGAGAAACCCAAGGUCGCCAAGGUCAAUCCGGGUGUGGAAGAUGGACCAGACACCAAGAAAGCCAAAGUGGAUUCCUCGGAGACCACCAUGGUGAAAAAGCACGUGGGGUUCUGUCAGCUGAAGGAAGCCCUGGAAGUCAAUUGGAGGGCGGAGAAGGCGAAGACGGCACUGAAACGCACAACUCCGGAUUAUUUCCUUCUCCAAGUGCUUCUGAAAUUCCGGACGGAUAACGGGCGGGAUCCAUCCCCACCACGCUUUGCUGAGGAUUCAGAGCUGCUGCUCCAGAUCCGCCACGACGUCCUUGACGCUCUGGGCGUGAGCACCGAGAUCCUCCCAGAGGAGUUUGUCAGCUACUGCUUCUCCGAAAUGGCUCCGGUCUGCGCCGUGGUGGGAGGCGUCCUGGGCCAAGAGGUGGUCAAGGCCCUUUCCCAGCGGGAUCCCCCUCACAACAACUUCUUCUUCUUCGAUGGCAUCAAAGGAAAUGGAAUCGUGGAGCGAUUGGGGCCAGGAUAAAGCGGGAAUGGGGGCGGGAUUGGGAUUGGGAAUGGG